CGUGAUACCGUAUAGUGUACGUACGAAACAUCGUCCGAAAGUAAUUGACGUCACUUGAUAUUGCGUUCGAUAUCACGCAGAAUUCCAACGAGAAGCAAACUCCACCCUCUAUCUUUUAUGCUUGCAUCAGUGACAAUUCCGCUACGGAGAUCACGUCAUUACUCAUUUCGGAAACAAACGUUGCAGCAGCGUAUCACGGUAAUCUUUAUCAUUCGUCACGAUAGGUUAUCCAAUUUUCCAGUAAUUGGUGCAUAGUAAUACGUUUUGGAAAAUGAAGUACUUCCUGUUAUUUCUUUUAAUAACUGUGACAGUUCAAUGGUCAGUUGCCCCGCCUGUUAAUCAAAAAAGCAAGAACCAUGAUAAUGAAAAUGAAGUUGAAGAUGUGGAAGAAAUGGUAGACUUGGAGUAUCGUAGAUACUUGAUGGAAGUAGUUCAAGUGUUAGAGAGUGAUCCUGAUUUUCAAGCAAAGUUGGAAAAAGCAACUGAAACAGAUAUACGUACAGGGAAGAUAGCCGAUCAACUUGAAUUUGUAAAUCAUAAUGUUAGGUCAAAAUUGGAUGAGAUCAAGAGAGAAGAACUAGAGAGAUUAAGACAUCUCGCAACAAAAGAAAAUGAAUUAAAAAAUGGUUUAGAUGUUGAUCAUUUGAAAAUAACGGAACAUUUAGAUCAUACUAACACACGUACAUUUGAAAUCCAGGAUUUAAAGAAAUUAAUUGCGAAGACUACUAAAGAUUUGGCAAAUGCUGAUAGGAGAAGACGGGAGGAAUUUAAACGGCAUGAAAUGGAGAAGAAAUACGCUGAGCGAGGAAAAUUAAAUCUUAUGAGCGAUGCAGAGAAAAAAAAGUAUGAGGAAGAACAAGAAGCAUUGAGGGAAAAGAGAAAAAAGCAUGAACCUAUACAUCAUCCAGGAAGUAAACAGCAAUUAGAAGAAGUAUGGGAAAAACAAGAUCAUGUAGAUACAGAAUUUAAUCCUAAAACAUUCUUUUUCCUUCAUGAUAUCGAUGGCAAUGGAGCAUGGGAUCAAGUCGAAGUCAAAACUUUAUUUUUGAAAGAAUUGGAUAAACUUUAUGCUCAAGGGACGCCUCAAGACGAUUUGUUGAAGCGAGCCGAGGAAAUGGAAAGAAUGAGGGAACAUGUAUUUAACGAGGCUGAUCUUAAUAAAGAUGGUCUUAUUAGUUUAAAAGAAUUUUUGGAACAAACAAAGAAACCAAGUUUCCAACAAGAUGAAGGAUGGCAAGAUUUGGAUGAUCAACAAAUUUAUACUCAGGAAGAGUAUGAAGCUUUUGCAAAACACAAACAAGACGAGAUACAGAAUCUGAUUGCCAAAGGAAUAAUACCACGAGAAACAGAUAGUAUACCAGAAGAUAUUGAGUCGUUUCCAUCACAACAUGGACAACCAAUUUCUCCCGGAUUAGUUCCUCCACAAGUAGAUCCAAAUCAAAAUAUGUUGCAUCAACAAUUUCAAGAUCAGAUUCAUCCGCAGUAUCAACAGCAGCCACAAAUUGUAAUUCCUCAGCAACAAAUUCACGGUCAAAUCUCUCAACAGCAGCAACAAUUACAAGGGCAAAUACCACCGAAUCAGCAAUAUCAACAGAUGAAGAUAUCUCAAAAUCAAAUUCCUGUUCAGCAGCUACAGGCUCAACAAGCACAGAUUCAACAAAAUCAGCCUUUAGUUCAACAACAAGGGCAAAUUCCAAUUCAACAAGUUCAACCUCAAGCCGCAAAUUUCCAGCAACAACAAAACCUAUUAAAUCAAGUACCACAAAAUGUUCAGACGAACGCCGUGCCCCAACAAAACAGCCUAAAUCUACCAAAUUCGCAACCCGUGCAAAUACUCGCACAACAAGAGAUUAACAGGAACAAAAUAUCACCCAACGAGAAAGUAUAAUUUUGUCUUUAAUUUGACAAGAUUAUGGAAGAUUUGAUUUAACAAGAAUAUGUCUUCGAUUUGUAAAAAAAAAAAAGUACAACUGCGUCGUUUUAUCGUAUUUUUCAUAUCUUCCACCAUUAUGUAUUCAUCUAUAUAUAACAUCUAUAUAUAAUAUGAUCGUAUACAGAAUGCUGACGUUACGUUUAUCAUGACAAUCCGAACAACUUAUUUCUCACGAAAUGUAAAUAAAAUUAUUUCCAAGAAAA